AUGUUGCGCUGGUACCAGUCCAAGUUGGCUAAGAAGCCAAUCCUCACUGCGAGCAUCACCAGUGCACUCCUAUUCGGAAGUGGUGAUGUCCUAGCACAACAAGCUGUUGACAGGAGAGGCCUCGAGAAGCAUGACUUCGCCCGCACCGGGCGCAUGGCUUUAUACGGCGGAGCCGUCUUUGGUCCAGUUGCCACUAAGUGGUUUGGUAUCCUCCAGCGUCACGUUGUUCUCAAGGGCACCGCGUCCACCACUGCUGCCCGUGUCGCCGCCGAUCAAAUAGUCUUUGCCCCUGUGCAGCUCACAUGUUUCUUGUCCUCGAUGGCUAUCAUGGAAGGCGUUGAUCCCGUGGAAAGGUGGAAGAGCGCCUUUGUUCCCGCCUACAAGGCCAACCUGAUGGUUUGGCCGUUUGUGCAAGGCGUCAACUUUGCAUUUGUGCCACUAGAGCUGCGUGUUCUGGUGGUUAACGUCAUUAGUUUAGGCUGGAACUGCUUCCUUAGCUUGAUGAACAGUGGUGAGGAAUUGUAA